UACUCCGGCUUCCGCCUUUUGUUUCGCUCACACCGUGACAGAAUAACGAACCUCCUGAAAAGGAUAUAAUUUACAAAAAAAAAAAAAAAUGAUCGGGUUGCUGCCGUGGUCCCGGCGCGAACCGAACCUCGGAGGUAGGAUUCGCUCUGCCAUGAUGAAGCGGCAGCCAAGCUCCGCCUCGGGGAAAACCCGGAAGUCCGCUGCCGUUUCACGCGGAUCAUGCUCGGCAGCGCCACGCCCCUGUUAUGACGUCAUGGAUUUCCCGGCUCGCUUCUCCGGCGACAGGGCUGGGUGGGGCGGAUUUAUACGGAGCGUUGGUGAAUAUAUAGACUUUUAUUCAUCCUCUUACCCCACUGAAGCAGGCAAGAUCGCACUCCACAUUUCUCUGCUGUCUGGAGAAUCCCUCUCUCUGGCCAGUGAGUUGUGGAGCGCCUCUGGUGGCGAAUUCGGCUCGUGCGCCCGGUUUAUCCGGCUUCUCACCCGGGAACUAGGGAUGGUCACCGCAGAUCUCCACCAUCUCUCUCCCGUUACCGAAAGCACGACUCCGCUCCAGUGUUUGCCGAAGAGCUCCGUUCCGCACCAGAGUUUCCCGGAGAGCGCCGCUCCAUCCCAGGACCUCCGGGGGAUUUGCACCCUGCUCCAGACCCUGCACCAGACCCUCCAAGAGGGCUCUGCUCCACCCCAGGACCUCCAGGAGAUCUCCGCCCUGCUCGAGGCCCUUCAGGAUGGCUCCACUCCGCCCCAGGGCCUCCAGGAGAUUCUCAGCCUGCUCCAGGACCUCCAGGAGAGCGUAGCUCCGCCCCAGGACCUCCAGGAGAGCGUAGCUCCGCCCCAGGACCUCCAGGAGAGCUCAGCUCCGCUCCAGGACCUCCAGGAGAGAACAGCUUCGCUUCAGGGUUUCCAGGACAGCUCUGUUCCACUCCAGGGUUUCCGGGACAGCUCCUUCCCGCUCCAGGGUUUCCAGGACAGCCCAGCUCCGCUCCAGGCCUCCCCAGAAAGCUCCUCUCUGUCACAGAGUGUCUUUGAGAGCUCCUCUCCGCUUCAGGACCUCCAAGAGAGCACAGCUCCACUCCAGUGCGUCCCCGAGAGCACCCUUCCGCUCCAGAGUUUCCGGGACAGCUCCUUUCCACUCCAGGAUCCUGAAGAGAGCUCGGCUCCACUCCAGGAUCCCCAGGCGAGCUCCUCCCCGCUCCAGGACCUUCAGGCGAGCUCCUCUCCGCUGCUGGACCUCCAGGAGAGCCCAGCUCCGCUCCAGUGUGUCCCUGAGAGCACCUCUCAGCUCCAGCAUGCCUCCAGGCAAACUCAGUUCCGCCCCGGAGCUUCCCAGAGCACUCAACUCAGACCCAAGGCCGCGAAAAGGACGUCGUACCGCCGCCUCACGGGCAACGGCUCGCUUCACGGUCACCCAGAAGGCGACAGCUUGCCUCACUGUUCCUCUGGAAGUGAGGCCACGUCACAGGGUUCCUCUCCCGGUGAAGCCACGUCGCAGAGCUUCUCUCUGCCCCAGAGCAUCCCUGAGAGCUCCUCUCCGGCCUCCAGGCAAACUCAGUUCCGCCCGGAGCUUCCCAGAGCACUCAACUCAGACCCAAGGCGCGAAAAGGACGUCGUACCGCCGCCUCACGGUCUCCCGGCGACGGCCCGCCUCACGGUCUCCCGGCGACGGCCCGCCUCACGGUCUCCCGGCGACGGCCCGCCUCACGGUCUCCCAGGCGACGGCCCGCCUCACGGUCUCCCAGGCGACGGCCCGCCUCACGGUCUCCCGGCGACGGCCCGCCUCACGAGCUCCUCCUUGACGACGCCUCGCCUCCCGAGCUUCCUGGAAGGCGACGCCUCGCCCCAGAGCUCCUCCUUCGAUGGCGACGCCUCGCCUCCCGAGCUUCCUGGAAGGCGACGCCUCGCCCAGAGCUCCUCCUUCGAUGGCGACGCCUCGCCUCCCGAGCUUCCUGGAAGACCUCCCAUUGGGCGCCUAUCCGCCCUGAUCGCCGCCGAGGGCAUCACUCGGUCUCGGGUCUCUGCUGUGGAGGUCGCUCAACCUCGGGACUCCGCUGAGGGCGCAGCUUGGUCCCUAUCCGACGCUGGGGCUGUCUCUCUGCCUCCUGGCUCCGCCGAAGACGUCCCUUCGUCCCUGGUCUCCGCUACAGGCAGCUCUCCGUCCCCGGUCGCCGCUGGAACCGUUUCUCCGGCCUUCGUCCUGGCUCCGAUCUUCACCAGGGUUUUCGCUCCAAUUCUGGCCUCCGCAAUGAGCUACGCGCCGUCUCGGACCUCUGCUGGGAGCAUGGUUCUGUCCUGUGCCUUCGGGAUGGGCAUCCUCCGGGUCCUGCGCUUCGCCUGGGCUGUCGCCCCGCCUCGGGUCCUUCCUGGCCUUUUCCGGUUCUGCGGCGGUUCUGACCAGGUCCCAUUCGACCCUGGACGGACACCGGGAUCCUCCUCUGAGUGCCCUGGCCCUCCGAGCGUCUGUGGGUUUGGGGCGUCAGAUUAUUAA